UAUAUACUUAUCUAUUACUUAUAUUCAUUUAUUAGGCUUCUUAAACUGAGAUCUAAGUCUUAAUUUCAUAUUACAGACAAAAUAUGAGAGCUGGUAUGACAAUAAAAUCCUUGAAUUCUUGAAAUUUAUGGUGGUUAUCAUAUUAUGCUGUGACAAUAUAUCGUUUAUGCAGGAAUAGUGAAGUUGGUCAGAGUUGAUGGGAAGAUGGAUGGAGCUAAAUACAGAAGUAUCCUAUAAGAAAACCUGUCAAAGGCUGUAAAGGUUCACCUUCUAAUAGGACAAAUACCCUAAAACAGAGUUAAAGCAACAACAGAAUAGUUCAGAAAGCACAUUCAUUGGUUUGUAUGUCCCUGUCAAAUUUCAGACUCAAGUACAAUUUAGAAUCUAUGACAAGAAUAAAAAAAGACUGUGUUCACAGAUACUCUUCAUUCAAUUUGAGGGGCAGCUUUUAGAAAUUAUAAUAAGAAAAAAAUAGCCAAAAGUUUCAGAUUCCAGAUUCACAAACCUGAUGGAGACAUAUCCCCAAAGACCAGAAGCUGUAACAGCAGUGACAGGAAGCUCUACAAAAUACUGACUGAUCUGAAUACAAAUACAAGCUACACAUUUCAGACAUUUUAAAAACUACAAAUCAGUUUCCUUUCACUUUAAAACAAUUCCCUUACUUGUGUCUAUUUAUCUCUGAACAAAAUCAGUAACAUACACUAAGUUUAUAUUUAUUUGUUGCAGUUAACAAAUGUCUUUAAAGGAUCCGUACUACUUUCUUAAAUAGGUCUCCAAACCUAGAAGAGACUGACUUUGGAAGAAAGUCAGUUUUGCAUAAUUUUCUACCGGCAUCAAAAAUAGUUUAUAGCUUUGCAUUCAUAUUUGCUACGAUACAAAUAAUAAAAAUGGAAAAACAACUGAUCAAUAGUUUAUCAUAUUUAAAAAAGAACAUGCACAUAAAGUGAGAUGUGUCUUCUUUGCAUUUAGAUGCAACAAGUAAGCUAAUUCUUACAGAUACUGCACCUUGUCUGGUUAAAUGUAAGUGCUAAUCAGGAUGGGAGGGCCUAAGCAGUUGCUUCUGCCUUUAGAGGCUAGUGGAGAGGCUACCGAGCCACGUCGUGUGUUUGGCUUCCUCCCCUCCCCCCUCGUCUGCAGUGCUGACGCAUCUGCUGCUUUCGCAUCAAUCAGCAGCCUCUAUAUAGGUAUACCCCAGGUCGCUGCAGAGAGCAAGGUCUGCUUUUAUCUCAGCCAGAAAAAGCAUCGCUAAACAUCUGGGCUGUGAUUGCUGCUUUGCACAACAGGGCGGCAGUGUGUGUCAUCUCCUCUUUGCUUCAGCUUUAUCUAUUCUAGCCACAGUGACUGUCAAAGCAUGGGCGAAAGGCAGCGGUGUGAUAUGCUGCUGUACAGACAGAGACUGUGUACACCAACAGAUGGUGUGCUGUUAUGCAUUUAAGGUGCAUAUUAGAGGGCUCAUGAUGAUUUAUAUUUCAUGCAAGGCAUUGUCCUGUAAAAGCACGCAUCAGGCUCCACUUGGAUCUAGUUUACGGUGCUGGGGAGAUUUAAUACGGCAUCCGUUAUUCGGCUCAGGACCACUCGCUAUGAGCGCUCACAGUAAUGCAGCUUAGCGUGUUUUCUGGCUGUGGGAUGAAGAACAGAGCUGAUGUGUGAUGCAGAGCCCUGCAUUUCUCCGCUCUCCCUACAGCUCUCUGCAAUGCUAAAUAAAAGUUGCCGCUUCCUGCUUAGUGGCUCCAGAACGAAAGCGUCAGUUGCCCAGCUAAUACAUGGGACAGACCUAUGCUCCGAUUUAGCUACAUUCUGCAAAAAAAAAAAAAAAAAAUUGUGAGUUAUUCCAUUCGCUGUAGUGCUGUAGGACAUAGGAGGGUAGGGCAGCUCUAGCCCAGGACCCGGGCUGCAUGGAUAGAAGCGAUAGAUGCUGGAGCUGAAGUCAUCUGCACACUGAUGAGAGGGAGGGAGAGGAAGAAAGACGUCAGAAAAAGCUCGGCUUCAGACACCACCACUGUUCAGCGACCAUCAUAGGGGAAAAAGUACUUUCGCCUAUCUCUUAUGAAACUGUUUUUCGUGUAUCACUGUGUGUAUGCCAGGCCGUAGAGAAAGGGAUACUGAGCAGUAUUGUUUCCUGUUCGUUGUGCAUCAUUUUCUCUGAUUCACUAAGAUGACUGCAGUGAGCCUAUGCAUCCAAACCUGAUGGACAGCACACACCCUUCUACUGUGCUGAGCAAGCUCAAUGAGCAGCGGUCACAAGGCCUCUUCUGUGACGUUACCAUCGUAGUAGAGGAUGUGAAGUUUCGGGCCCACAAAAAUAUCUUGGCUGCAUGCAGCGGAUACUUCAGAAGCACUCUGACAACCACAGAUACAUGCAGCUCCAGCCAAGUCCUAGAGCUUAUGGACCUAAAGUCUGAAGUGUUUGCCUGUAUCCUCAACUUCAUAUACUCCUCAAAGUUAACAUUGCUUGGUGAAGAGAACAGAGGGGGACUCGCAGCAGCUGGAAGAAGACUUGGAAUUCCUUUUUUGGAAAAGCUUGCAGAUGAAGAGCAGCAGGAUGAAUGUGUUAGUUCUAGAGACUCGUGUGCAAACACAAAAUCUUUAACAACAAAGGAAGCUUCCAGGCAUGAGGAGACAGACAGUGCAAGAGGACCUCGCAUUACCAAUGCCUUCUCUAUCACUGAAAUGUGUCCUGGUAACAAUCCCUUCACUCCUUUGGUUCAAACAGACAAGCAGAGGCAAUCGCCAGAUGUGGGACAGCUACCCUCAAGUUUCCCUACAAUAUCCAGCAUCAAUGGGAACAAUGAGACAACCCACACCCUGUCUGAACACUCAUAUGCAGUAAACAAUUCCACCGAAGGCAAAGAUACCAGUCAGUGGGACUACAGGAACGUCUGUAAACCAGCAAUAUUGCACUCAAAACCACUCAUGUAUCGGAAUACAGGCCCACUAAAAAAGCGCCACAGGCUGAGAGGCAUUUUGGGCAAAAGUAUGCUUCCAGCACCAGCAGAUCAACAAACAGAUGAAGCAAACACAGUUACACCAGUGUUAUCUGAUGGUGAUAUUGCUGCUCCUGUCACUGUUAUGACACCGCCUGCACUUUUUUCAGAAGCAGAGACAGAGAAGAUAACAGAGACAGAUCUCUGUGGAGCCACUGAUAAUGCUAACACAGAGCUAGGUCCACCAGCUCUUUCCCCUCACCCAGAGGACAGCAUUUCAGUCUACAGCUGUGAGCACUGUCCAGAGAUAUUCUCAAAUAAAGCUCUUCUCACCAUUCACUCAGAGGUACAUAAAAAGCAUUUUGAUACUCGUUUGUUUUGUAAAUUUUGUCACAGAAAAUUCAUACACCUCAAACGACUGCACAACCAUGAGAGAUUAUGUCCAAAGUCUGGAAGAGGCCCACCUAAGCUUGAUGCCAGGGAAAUAUCAGCCAAAGAGGUGGAGCACCCCUCAGAUGACAGAUUAAACAUGGAGAGCUCUGCAACACAGCCUCCUCCUGCAGAUCUUCCCAGCCCGAAGAUGCCAGAGCUCACUGAAGUUAACCUAACAGAGCGCCUACAUGAAGAGAAGACAGUAAGGCAGAGGCGAUACAACUGCAGUGUGUGCAAACGAGUCUAUGUCACCUUGUCCAGCCUGAGGCGGCAUGAGAACGUGCACUCAUGGCAGAGGGCUUAUCCCUGUCAUUAUUGCAAUAAAGUGUUUGCCUUGGCAGAGUACCGCACCAAGCAUGAAAUCUGGCAUACAGGUGAACGCCGCUAUCAGUGUAUUUUCUGUCUGGAGACAUUUAUGACAUAUUAUAUCUUGAAGAACCAUCAAAAGUCCUUCCAUGGCAUUGAACCCAACCUCGCUGUCAGAAAAAAAUCUGCCAAUGGUGGGCUGAAAGCCAGCGUUUAUCCAAUCAAACUCUACAGACUUCUGCCCAUGAAGUUUAGAAAAAGGCAAUACAAGACAUACAGCCAGACAUACUCAGAAAGUGGUGAAAAAGGUGACUCAUCCUGUUUAGACAACAGUUCUCUUAUUCCUCCAUUUGAAGAAAACAGUCUCCUCAGCCACCCUGACACAACUUCAUUCCCGCUAACCUUUAUGGCCACAACAAAGAUGGUCUCCCCUGUCAUGCCUCGCAUCUGCUUCGACAAACCUUGUAAUCAGGUUAUUGAUCAAAAUCUUAAUAGUGAACAGGGGAAGCAGAAAAGCAUAGAGAAAGAGGCUGGAGACAGAGGUUCACCUUUUAAUAACUGUGACAGCAUCUUCUCGUCCAAACUAACUCUGCCCAAUCCUGAGCCUCAAGCAGAAAAACCACCUGUGCUGAUGAACUCAGAGCACAUUACUCACAGUGUGCCGUUCUUCAACUCCAUAAGCACUGUUAAAAAGUUAGGAGAGUUAUCAGCUUCAGCAAAAAGGGUUGAAGAGAUGACCAAGGAGAUACUUCAAUCCAGCACAAAGGAUUUGAUGCGAGACAAAGUAAUGGGGACAAAAACAGAGACUUACAUCGCCAAACCUGCUUGCCAGGGCCCGUCUCUGGACACCGACACCAAGCCACUAUGUCAGAUAACAGUGAAAAUAGGUAAUGAAGCCAUCAUCCGCCGCAAAAUUAAAGGCUCUAAGCUUUUCCCCAGGAAGAAGAGAAAAACUAAAGAACUAAAUGAGGAACAGACCCCAAGUCAGUGCAGUCCACUGAGGGAAAAUUCAGAGAGUCCGAGGCUUCGACUCAGACCGGAAGCCGUUGCUUCCACUGAGACAUACGAUGAAACCAAUGACUGUGAUACAGCUGAUCAGCUUUGGCGUCCCUACUAUUCUUACAAGGCUAAAAAGAAGAGAAAGAAGUUCAGAUACAAACACAGAAAUGCUUUGUUUCACCCCUGUCCUGAACUUUCUAUAGACAGAACAGGUUUCACUGAACCCCACUUUGACAGAACACAUUUUCCAACAGAGGAGAGCAGCUCAGGAGCUAGCAUUGGGCUGAAACAUAUUCUUAGCAGAAACUACAGUCCUAGGCCCACCUACAACUGUGACAUCUGUGACAGCUCUUUUAUCACAGAGACCGGACUGAAAGCUCAUGUGAUCGGUUCCCAUCCUUACUUCUGUCAGACCUGCGGAAAACAAGGUCCCCCUGGUGAGGCACCGUCUUGUGGGGAUUACAUCUGCAACAGCUGCAUGGAAAAUGGCUCUUGCUUUGACAACACACCCCGAAGCCCCAACCAAGAGAAGAAAUAUCGCUGUUCAUUCUGUCCCCAGCGUUUUGUGUAUCUCGCCACAAAGAGAAGCCAUGAGAAAAAACACCAGGAGACAAAUGAUGAGAGUCCCAAAUAUGACACAGUCACAUCAUGUUCUACAUACUCAGCACAGCCAAGGGAAUGCAGCAAACAAGACACCACCAAAAGAGAGGACAGUGGCAAUCAAGAAGAUGUUGACAUAAAAUGUGAAAACAUGGAUGAAGCACAUUUUACAACAAAUGAAAAUAAGCCAAAAAUCAAGGAUAUGUCUGACUUAAUGUCGUCGACUCCCUAUCAAGAUGUGUCAGAUUUAAGUAUGAAAAAUCCACCAUCAUCAUAUACGGACUGUCUGCCUACACUGACAUCCUCAAAAAUGAAACAAAAAGUUGUGAAAAAGAGGAUCAAAGUUCAUCAUUCUAUGCAUCAUACUGCAAAAAGGCAAGCAUAUGACAGGGACAGUGAUCCCAACAAGAAAUCAUCGACAGGACCAAGAAUGAACAAUCUCACUAAUUAUGAGAAAUCAAGCAAACCAAUUCAGAAGACUGAUUCUGAAUCUAUCGGUGCAUAUAUUUCUUUACACAAGCCGGAAAAAUGGGUGUGCAAAGAGGAACCGUUCUUUUAAAAGCCUUCAACGAAUGCAACUAAUGCAAAUGUCAAUUGAGAUAUUGUUGACUUAUAAAAUCUGCAAUGUUUUGCAUCAGAAUAGUUUUCGACAGGGCAAGGCAAACUAUGAUAAUCUUGUAUUAGCAGACUGAUAUUUCUUCCACCUUAAAUCCAAUAACUCGGUGAUUAUUUUUUCACUGUUUUUCACCGCUAUCAAGGAUAUUUUUGUCCUGUGUCUAUGCAUGCAAGUCAGAGUCAGUGACUCAUUGUAAUGUUUUUUUAAAUGCAGUGCAAUAACAGUUCAGCUUCUGCAUUGUGUGGGGUGGCAGAAUUGUUACCUAUUGUGGUAUCAGCUUCACCUUUUUUAAAGCGUGUCCGAGCAAAACAAUAGGGAUUCUCUGUUUUCACCUUUCUGGACCUCUUGCUUAAAUAACUGGAACUGGUGAGUUGCACUUUAUGGUUAGACUAUGCUGACUUGUAGUUUAAUACUUUGAUAAUUGCCAUUUUUAUUCCAAGCUUUGUUGAUGUAAUUUGAAUUUCUACUAAAUACAAAGGACCACUGAGAUUAAGAUUACUCCUUUUUCUGUGUUUAGUAUGUAUAAAACAUGUAAAACUAUUUAAAUAA